AUGGCUCUGACCUACCUUGACAUGAUAAUCCUCAUCGCUUCCAUACCAGAAUUUGCUCUGUUGAUCCUUGCUGGCGCUCGGCUCGGGCGGCACUGUGCGCUGCGACUGUUCGCACGCGACGACCGACACUUGCCUGUUGCCAACGUCCGCAUCGCCUAUACUCGGAAAAAUGAAGAUGAAUUGCAUCAUGUCAUGGAAAUGCUCCGCCACCCUCGUAUUUCAGGUCCCCUGUACUUAACGGCAAUUGUCCGUUGA